AUGUUUUUUCUUUUUUCAUCUCUGAUUUGGGAGCUAUUGUUUCUUUCUUUUUUCUGUCCGUCUUUCUUUCUUAUCUUCUCCUUUUUAUUCUUUCCAGUCCAUCCUUACUCUUUUCCUCUCUUUUUCCUUUUUUUUAUCUAUACCCGCAGACUUCUUUCUUUCUUUCUUUCUUUCUUUCUUUCUUUCUUUCUUUCUAAUCCAGUUAUUAUUUACACUCUCUCAUUCAUGUUCUAUUCUGUCUUCCUUUCUUCCUUUCUUUCUUUCUUUCUUUCCGUUCUAUUCUUUCUUUAUUGCUUGCUUGCUUUGGUUCUUCUUUUCCCAGGUUAUUUCUUUUUAUUUUCAUCCUGUUUUUGUUUUCCCUCUUAUUUGGGUGCUAUUCUUUCUUUCUUUCUUUCUUUCUUUUCUCUUCUCUUUUCUUCUCUUCUCAUUUUUAUUCUUUCCUGUAGUUCCUUACUCUCUUUCUUUAUUCUUCCUUUUCUUUUUUUCUACUCUCUUUACUCUCACAAAUUUUCUUUCUUUCUUUUUUUAUUUUAUUUCAUUGUAAUCUCUCCUCACUCCCUCUCUUUUUGUUUUUAUUCUUUCCAAUCCAUCCUUACUCUUUUUCCUUCUUAUUUCUUUUUCUUUUAUUUCAAUUCUCUUUCUUUCUUUCUUUCUUUCUUUCUUUCUUUCUUUCUACAAUCUUUCCUGCAUAUCUCCUUUCCGUACACUUCCACUUUCUUCCUUUCUCUUCACCAAUGCCGUCAGCGCAGCUCCCUAACCGCUACACAACCAAAACAGGUGCGUUUUAAUCGAUACAGUUACGUUACCAGAGUUUUCUCGUUGCCAUGCAACAGCCACAAGGUCCAGCAGGUCCGCACAAAAACAAAUGCCCUCAACAUAUUCCUCACCCUUCCUCACCUUUUCAACAGACUACAUUGA